AUGACAGUGAACUCUACUCAGGUUGAAGCCAUAUCCCCUGCUCCUGAUGAGUCUCGUCUAGUGGAUGCCCAAGAUGCAAAGCUUCAUCGUGAAAGGGAAGAAAUUAACCGUCAACUGACAGUAUUAGAUGCUGAUAUCAAUAAACAAGAAUCACAUCUAAGAAAUCUGUGUGAACGGGAGGCUCGUCUAACAGCUCGACUUGCGGUAGCACCUGCACGCAAUACAUCGAACAAUAAUUUGAACGGUAACGAUUAUGAAAGUAAAUCAGAUAAAGGGGAUCUUGCUGUUCCGGAAGUAUCUUUCACUUGUAAAACCGGUUUCGAACGGAAUUACGAAAACCCAAUACAGGCAAUUAUUUCUGACAACCGCCAACGCACUCGUCAGCGUCAUCUCAUUUUCACAAGACUUUGUGGUCCCAAAGUUCGACCUGGACCACAUGCCCUGCCAUUUUAUCGCCAACCAUCCGACUUAUCAAGUGUAAGGGCUAUACAAUCCAACUUUCGCAACCAUUUCCGCCCAAAACUUGUUGUUUAUCUUCAAAGACGUCUCCGUGCUGAACAAAGUCGCAUCAGUUUUUUGGCUCAACAAUACGGACGAAAUUCUAGAAUAUUUACCAAAAAGAUGGACAAAUUACUCAGUACGACCAAACGUCGUCAACGUGAUCUUCGUCAUCGAGAUAUUUUUGAGAAAGCGAUGCCGGAAGUUAAAAAAAAUCGCGAAGACAGGGAGAUGGGAAACACGGAAUACACUAAACCAGGAAUCGAGGAUGAUUCUGGCGGGGUUUCUAACCUAACUGAUGGUUCUCAGACUACUCCCUACGAUGCUAUAGAAGAGAUGAAUAAAUUAAAGGAAUAUGCGAUUGAUCCUCCAGUUAUGCUUGCACCUUGGCAGCGUCGAUAUCAAUUCAUAUGUGAAUCAGGUUUAGUCACAGAUUGUCGUGCUCAGCUCCAAGAAAAUCAAGAUCUGUCGAAGUGGUCGGAAGAAGAAAAGCAAAUAUUUAAAGAACGCUAUUUAGCCACUCCUAAAAAUUUUACUUCGAUAGCUUCAUACUUAGAGCGGAAAUCUGUUGCAGACUGUAUCCACUAUUACUAUUUAUCCAAAAAGAAAGAAGGUUAUAAACAGCUGUUGAAAAAGCAUAAUGCUCGUCGACGCCGAGCAGCUCAGACUGAACGUGGAGGGGGCGGUAGUGCUGGUGGAGCUGCUAGCAAUUCAAAUUCUGGCGGGAGUAGCGGUAGCCAUAGUAAUACUAAUAUGAACUCGAUCCCUCCAUCUUCUAGUAAUUGCCAAAAUGGGCAUACGAAUAUAAAUUCCCCUCGUGGAGAGCGUAAUGAAGCAGAUGAAAAAGAUCCAGGAGGAUUAAAAAAUUCACAAACUGAUUCUUCUGGGUUUCCUGAAUCUAAUGAAACAGCUGAGCAUAAGGAUGCUGAUGGAUACAGAAAUAAUAAAAAAGAGACGCAUCAUGGUGGUAGCGGUGGGAGUACUGGUGCAAGAAAUAGAGCUGGACGGGGUCGUCCACCACAACAUACAAAUCAUUCUAAUAUCGAUAACCACAAUGUUGGAUCUCAUGGGCGAAAUCGUGGCGGUAAUAACAGUACUCGAAAUAACGUUGAACCUCAUAAUGUUCACGUUCCUUCGGAUGUCAAGGUACCUGAACAUGAUACUCUAGUUCCUACGAUCGACAAAGAAUCACGGUCUGGAGAUAACGUAAGAAGUGAUCCUGGAGUACAUGUAACCGUUUCUUCUAAUACUAAUUCUCAGUGUGCAGAAUUUGUGACUGAUUCAAAUAAACUGGCUCAACCCCGAACACAUCCUGCAGUGGUUUCCAGUUCUUCAACACGCAUCAAGGAUUUGAUUCACUUUGCUAUUGAAAAAAAUCUUACCAAGCCUUCAUCAUGUGAUAAUCAAGUAAACACAACUGAAACUUUGUCUUCCCGUAUCUCCUCGAUAGGUCCUAGUUCCUCUCAAUCUACUUCAACUAAUAUGGCAAGUGUAAUUACAAACUCUAAGCAUAAUAAGAACCCUUCAACUUCAAUUACAACUGUGAUCCCAAGUUGUCUAGUCUCUAGUCAUAUGGUUACGGAUAAUUCAGAUACAUCUAUUGUUUUUCCAUCGACAACGGCAGCUGAGAUUUACGCAGCUGCUGCACGAUUUGCAGCUGUUAGCGCUAGCGUUUGUGGAAUGAAUACUGAUCCAUUAGUAAUGUCUGUUUCGUCCACGGUUGAUUCUUCCGGAAGUCAUAAACUGGAUGUUAAUAAGUCAUCUGUAUCUACUGCUUCCUUAUCAAGUAACCUACAUUCAAAAUCAGAACUGUCUGAUUUUGCUAGCGUGGAUGCAGCAAAAAAAUGGAUGUCUUCAUUUGUCCCAUCAUGUGGUUCUUUAAGUCUUUCUCAUCAAUAUUCUGAUAGUCGUCUCAUGGAUCCAUCUGCUUCUAGUAAAGCAAUUCUUAUCGGAGAUUUUUUAACUGCGCAACAACUCGAUCGUGCCGAUUCAUCUAAUUGGGGUGGGAAUCACUCAAAUUCACGACAAGCUGAUUACGCUGGAUCCUAUCAAGUUUCUAGAUCUAUUGAUCCAUCUACCUUACCUGUCUGUGUUAGUCAUAUUUCUACAGCUUAUGGGAAUUUUGAUUGUCACCCAGUAUCAGAUUUUCGAACAUCAUCAAGUGUUUCUGAAAAAUGCUUGGGGAGUGAUAUCCUCGCUGAACAUGCUAUUAGGUUGGCAAUACAUGCCAAAGCUGCCGCUGCAGCAGCUGCUGCGUCGUCAUCGGUUAUUCAGUUUGAUGGUCGUAGUUCAUCUGUGUCAGAAAACAAUUUUAGUGGUCCAGACCGCUGUGUAUACUCACCUCUGUCUCCAAGUCCUGUUAAAGCUGAUAGUUUAUUGCCACCUGCCAACCAUUCUACUCCUCCAUGUCAACCUAAUCCACUUUUGGGAGUUCCAGUUUCUAGAAAUGAUACCAAUCACCAAUCGACAUCUACAUUUACUCGCCAGCUAGAUAAUAGUCUUAAUUCUAUAUCUUUCAAACCAGAAAAUGAUCCUAACAUGUCCAUAAAUUCAGAUCAGGUGGCAUCAUUUAUUGCAAACGCUAAUAAAUUAUAUCUAGAAGAACUUGGGUCGUAUACUUCUCGUGAUCGAUCUGAUCCUAUACGGACUCUAACGGGUAACGAAUCUUCUCAGUUUUAUGGUGUUAUACAACAGUUACGGCAGCCAAAGGAGGAAAGUAGUUCUCUCCACCUUCCAAGUGCUAGCAAUGUGUCUGUUACUAAUAUCAACAUUCCAAAUCUGAAUUUUAGUGAUCAGCAGUCGGAAUAUAUGGGUAUGUGUCUACCACGUCCACAUUCAUCUGAGGGUGCCGGUAAUCAUACAUUUGGUUCAUACAUAAAAAGUGAAUUACCAAGAGGAACUCCAUCAAGAUGUAUACUAUCUAAAGGCCAAUACGAUCGCAUACAAACUUCUAGUAAUCCAACUGAACUCAGUCAAUUUGUAUCGGAUUCUGUCAACCCGCAAGCGUUCGUCUAUGCAUGGGGUUUGAAUACACUAGAAAGCCAUAUUAAUAAGGCUAUUACAGAGGAAAUACGAGCUCAAACAGUUUCAAGAAAUUCAUUUCUUCCACACAAUAUAUGUUCGCCUCAUCUACCCAGGACUCCAUCACCUAUUAGCAAACACCAUUCCACACGUAAUUCAGAUUCUCAAUUUCAUUUAAAUGUUCCGCUGAAGAAGCAGGAUCGUUCUAUUUCGCGCUCUCCCGGCAUGGUGAACAGUUCAAUGAUAUCAGGUUCUAGGGAUUCUUUCAAGAAUUCUACUUCUAAAAUCCCAGCACCUGAGCUUCUUACGGCAAAACUUCCUGCUGCUAACAAUGAAGACUUUUUAAAUAAAUCAAAUCAAAAAGGGUAUGCACAGAAUCGAAAAGUAUCUGAAAUGGUCAAAAGUAAUUCAUUGUCUAGUAAUAUUGACUCUGCAGUAGACCAUUCUACUUCACCAGAUGGUGGUACAGAAUCUCCAGGAUUAUUACAAAUAGACUUAGCUGCCUCUGAUUUUUCACCUAAGGUCUUGUCGGGUGCAAUGAAUUCACAUCUUAAGGAUGUUCCUCACUUAAUGUCAUGCAAUACUAGUUCUAAUUGUAUUCAAUCUGUUAAGGAAUGCGGACGUGAUGAUUCCCUAGAUCGGUGGUCACAUACAUAUGGAAAUGAGAACAGUAUAGACUACAAUCAUAGUUCAACGGGAUUGCUAGGAAAUUAUGAUGUCGACUCAUCGGAUUCAGCUCCGUUAAACUCGCUAUAA